AUGGAUGCAAACAGAUGUCAAAUUUCUGUUAGGUUUUCAAAGCCAGUCGAUAUCGUUUUCACAUGGGUGAAUGGGAGUGACCAAGCGUUCAUCAAUACAAUGCUUCAAUACCUACCAGAAGGCAGUGAGAUAACAACUAAACGAUUCCGAGACUGGGGAAAUUUGAGAUAUGCUUUACGAUCAGUAGAGAAGUAUGCCGAUUGGAUCAACCAUGUCUUUAUUGUAACAAAUGGCCAGGUACCAAUCUGGUUAAACACCGGGUACCAUAAAGUCUCCAUUGUGAAACAUUCCGAAAUUUUUAGAAACUUAAGUCACCUGCCCACAUUUAAUGCUGGUGCUAUCGCAUGCCAUGUUCAUCGUAUACCAGGCCUCUCUAAAAGCUUUCUGUAUAUGAAUGAUGAUUUUUUCUUUGGCAAACCAGUUGGAUUGGAGGAUUUUUAUACCAACGAAACAGGCUUCAAA